CCGCGACGCGCGCGCCGACGAUGGGCAAGACGCAGAAGCGCGCGCGAAAGAAAUCGUCGCAAGCGCCCGGCGUGCGCGACGGCAGCGCGAUCGCGAAGCCGACGCACGCGACGGCGGACGCGACGACUGAUGUUCAAGUCGCGGUGGCGGCGGCGGCGAUGGCGGUGGACGACGCGCGCGACGACGGCGCGCGAUCGAGAGACGUGAGCGAAGGGACUAUUUUACGUGCCCUGCUCGCGCAGUCGUGCGUGGACGCGUGCAAGGCGCUGGAUGCGGCUCUGGCGCGCGGCGUCGCGGUGCGGGCGGAUACGUGCGCGAGAGUGCUGGCGUUGUGUCAGGCGCGAGAGAAGGCGAAACCGGCGCUGCGAUUGCUGCAAAGAAUGGAAGCGAACGGUAUGGCGCCGUCGCGAGAGGCGAUGCGGUGCGCGUUCUUCGCGUGCGCGAAGCGGGGAAUGUUGCGCGAGGCGCUGGUGUUGAUGUCGCGGCUCGACGGCGAAGGAAAGCGUUUCUUAGGGAAGGAUGUCCUCGUGCGAGCGUGCGCGAUGUGCCCAGGGGGCGUCGAUGGGGAUUUAGGUUUAGCAUUAUUGGAAAGCGCGCUGCGCGGUAUCAUGUGCGGGUCUUGGGAGCCGGGAUCUACCGCGACGAUUCGCGCGCAAAUGCCGUUCGCGGUGCCGCGCACGAAGGACGACGACGACAUUCCCGCGCCAUUGGUGCGUCGCGAUAUUGAAUACGCGCCGGGUAGCUUUAAAAUGGUUUGCGAUAACGAUGGACGACGUCGGCCGGUGGAUAGGUUGCCGCUUGAGCUGUACGCGCCCGCGCACCCGGGCGUAAUCCCAUUUGCGCCUUCAGGAUUGACAGAGGCGGCGCGUUACGACGUGCCGCACGUUCCGGGGGCGUUCGUCGUGACGAAUCUUCUCACGAAAAGCGAAUGCUCAGCAAUCAUAGCCGCCGGUCACGCGAUUGGGCUUCGUACCGAUCCCGGCGACGUCGACGGUGUCACGGGCGCGUCUCGUUUGCAAUACUGCGAGUUCAUGGUUUGGCCGCAAAAUAUUCAAGGUCUGUGGCGACGAAUCGCAGACUUAAUGCCUCCCGGUGCUGUGGGUAUUAACGCGCGCUGGAGGUUCUUCCGUUACGGUCCUGGUACGAUUUACCGCCGUCACGUGGAUGGGUCCUGGCCCGAGGGCGCACUCAACGAGGAAUGCGAAUAUGUCACCGACGUCUCCGAUGGCAAAGUCCGCUCGAGGUUGACUUUUCUGAUUUAUCUCACCGAAGGCUUCAACGGUGGAUCGACGACGUUUUACACCGCUACGCCGAGCGAGCCUGGAGUCUUGAGCGCGCGAGGUGUCGUGCCACAACUUGGCGCCGCGCUCUGCUUCCCGCACGGCGAAGCCGAGGAGUCGCCCGUGCACGAAGGCAGCGCCGUGACCGCGAGCUUGAACGGAGGCGAAACGUUCAAGUACGUCAUUCGCACAGAUGUGCUGUUCAAUGUGUCGGAUAUCUAGACUAG